CCCGCUUAAGGUUACGUUGGGUUACGACGUUGCGAAGCGAGAUUAGCCGGUGACCCCGUGACUGGAGGCAUUAAAUUACCUUAAAUACGCGUCCGAUAAUCGGCCGAUCGUCCUGUCCCCGCGAUCGAAACGAGGGGCGGCCGGGUAUGGUCCGGGAAGUCAAAUGUCAGAUCUGUCAAACUGUCAAAGUGCGCGCGCGCGCGCGCGCACUCGAAUUCCACGUACGGGCCGAAUCACGACAUAGGUUAGACGCGACUUAGGUUGGAGGAGGAUAAUAAGAUUGUUUUGAUUACGUGGCCGAUUCUCGGGGCUCAUAUGUGCGGCUUCAUCGGCUUGCGAGAUUUGUCGGAGUCGUCGGAGAGGAGCGAUUUCUGCAGGUACCACCAUGAUCCUGUUUAGAACGGGCUCGAUUCUGGGUUUCCUGAUCCUCGUCAGCGGAUUUCGGGAGUACAAGAAAAGGGAUCUGAUAGUCCUGCGCGAGGAGGUACGAUCCAUGUUCGAUUACGCUUAUUCCGGUUACCUGAGGCACGCGUAUCCCUACGACGAGUUGCGUUCCUUGAGCUGCGACGGCUUCGACACCUGGGGCAGCUUCUCCCUGACGUUGAUCGACGCCCUGGACACCCUCGCGGUGAUGGGGAACUUCUCCGAGUUCCGGCGCGUCGCCGAGAUCAUCAGCUCGAGGGAGAACUUCGAGGCCAACAUCAACGUGUCUGUGUUCGAGACCAACAUCCGGGUGGUCGGGGGCUUGCUGAGCGCGCAUCUGUUAUCGAGAAGAGCCGGCGUGAAACUGGAACCCGGGUGGCCUUGUAACGGACCCUUGUUGCGUCUCGCCGAGGACAUGGCUAAGAGACUGAUCGCCGCUUUCGAUACCCCGACCGGGAUGCCAUAUGGUACGGUUAAUCUCAAGUACGGAGUGCCGGAAGGCGAAACCAGCAUCACCUGCACCGCCGGCAUCGGCACUUUUUUACUGGAAUUUGGUACCCUCUCUAGGCUGACCGGGGAUCCCCUGUACGAGGAGGUGGCCAUGAACGCUCUAAAAGCGUUGCACUAUUACAAAUCCAACAUCGGCCUGGUUGGCAAUCAUAUCGACGUUCUCACCGGUCACUGGACUGCUCAGGAUUCCGGGAUAGGCGCCGGAGUGGACUCUUACUUCGAAUAUCUGGCCAAGGGUACUCUGCUGUUCCAAGAUCCAUUGCUGGCGUCGAUCUUUCAGGAACACAGGAGGGCGAUAGAGAAAUACAUUCGUCGAGAGGACUGGCAUCUCUGGGUCUCCAUGACCAAGGGUCAAGUGACGUUGCCGGUCUUUCAAUCCCUGGACGCUUACUGGCCCGGGGUGUUGAGUCUCUUCGGCGAGAUCGCGGACGCGAUGAAGUCCCUGCACAAUUAUCACCGUGUGUGGAAGCAAUUCGGAUUCACUCCCGAGUUCUACAAUAUACCGCAGGCCGAGGCGGGUACCAACCGGGAGGGCUAUCCGCUGCGACCGGAGCUCAUAGAAUCCGUUAUGUAUCUUUACAGAGCGACCAGAGAUCCCUGGCUGAUCCAGGUUGGGGUGGAUAUUCUGCGAAGCUUGCAGCACAGCGCGAGAACCACCUGCGGCUACGCGACCAUCAACGACGUCCGGGAUCAUCGGAAGGCGGACAGAAUGGAAUCCUUUUUCCUCGCGGAGACUACCAAGUACCUGUACCUCCUCUUCGAUACUGACAAUUUUAUCCACAACACCGGCUCCGAGGGCGAGAUCGUCGAGACACAAUGGGGCCGCUGCGUCGUGGACGCUGGCGGAUACAUCUUUAACACGGAAGCUCAUCCCAUCGAUCCUGGAGCCUUAUACUGUUGUCGGCCGGCGCGGGAGAUUUUCCCGGACAAGAGGGCGGUCCUCAAAAGAUUCCUCCCGACGCGGAACGUGCUAGAGGAUGACGUCACGCUGACCAAUCUUCAUUCCAAGAAGAGUGACGUUUCUAAGAUGAGGAAUGCAGACGUCUUGCCUAUCGCGAUAGUCAAAUUAUCGGAAAUCAGGCACUACGUGAAUAAGAAGGAAGGCUCGCUCAACGAAACCUCCUCUUUUUCUUCUUCUUCUUCUUCUUCUUCUUCUUCUUCUUCUUCGAAUGUCUCGAGGGAUUCCGUUGGAGAGGAGAACGCGACGGAAACGAAGAAGUCGAAUCGGACGAUCCCGUUCCCAACCGCGCAGAUCCUCGCACCUUCACCGACGAUCUACAAAGCCGACGACAGCGAUGGUCCCGACAGUUUCGAGUCUCCAAUCUUAUCCAACGGACAGUACUCCUCGAGUGCCACCCUGCAGAGUUCUGGUACCCGACCGAAUGCGACCCCAAGUCCCCCUAAGAUGAGAUUCGAGCCUCAAAUCAUGUUGGAGAACAUCAGACGUGGGAAUCUCUAUCCGACAAAUGUCACAGCGAGACAGAAUUAUCAACUACUGUCCUGUCAAGCUCAACCAUUCCUGCAACGAAUGUCGAUCAUAGGAGAAUUUUUUUAAAUAAUAAAUUGUGUAAAUGCGAGAGAGAGAGAGAGAGAGAUUUGUGAAUAUAUUAGGGCGAUUCAUGAACUAUUUUUGAUUCGCAAGAGAGACUGUUGUUAUAAGAAAUUUUACACGCAGUCUUGUUUCGCUAACAUAUUGUACUUUAAUAUAUUUCUGUGAUAUAA